GGCAACCCGUAGGGCUAGUGUGCUGUGUGUGUACAUACAUAGGUGUUUGUGUGUGGUGAACAUCUUUAAUGACACAGUUAAGCAUACUGUUUGUUACAUAUUGUAAGCAAUGUUUAAAACAAACCAUUGGAUUUCUCUCCUGUCUUUGUUCAUUAGCAAAGAGGUGGCAAAUCUUUUAAAGAAAUGUUUAACUUUGUGGAAUAUAUGGGAGUUACAGGAGUAUUUUUUUGCAACUUCAUGGUCCCUUGGUGUAGUUUUGUGUCACAGCCCUUGAAUCCUAUAGAUAAUCUUUGUCAACAUCUCACCUGAGGCUGUUUAAUUUCAGUGGAUUUUUUGAGCUAUGAAAAUGGAUCAGAUUUAAGUCUUUAUCUGCAUGUCUGAUUGUUACCAAAGCUAAUUCUGAAAUCAGCUUUAGGUUACAUGGGUGUUAAAUACAACCCAACCAAGUGUUUAACUCUACUGUGCAAAGGCUGUUUUCAAAAGGUGCAAGGCUGAGGCAUCUAAUCCAUUAUCAGAGGGGCAAAUACUUAUAUCCUAGAAGUUCUUGGUGGUGUAAAUUCCUCUGGAAUAAAGCAGACAUUUACCCAGAAUGUUUGUUGUAGGGCAGCAAUAGACAAAUACUGUAAGAGCUGCUUUAACCACUAUUUGUUGCUAGUCAGUAGUUUUCCAAAUUAUAGAUCACCCCAUCUAAUGUGUUAAUGCUAAGCAUUCUUUUUGAAAUGCAGUUCUCUCCCAAGGCUCUACAUCAAAUCCAGAAGCAGUUUACUAAAGGUAAAACUGAUCAGUGCUUCAUCAUGUGUGUUAAAUGUGUAUGUGUGCUGGCACUUGGGGAAGAAGGGACAGGGGUGACAAACUGUUCAGUACCAGUUUUGUUCUUCUCAUCCCUUUAGAUCUGCCUAAGGUGUCAGUUUAUUCAGGAAAAACCAACAGGGAGCAUCUGCUUCAUUUGGUUUUAAUGAUUUCUUUGGCUACUAAAUGAAGGGAAGCUUCCAAGUGAUUGUUCUCCCUAAAGGAAAGAAGUUGUACGAAGACCAACUUUCGACUUCCAAGCUGUGCAGCUGUUGCAGAAAAUGGAGGCUUUUUUUUCCCCCUCUGGCUAAUGAAGAGAUUCUUGUAGGGAACCAAGGGGUCGCCCCAGUUUAAUGUUGUAAGGCAAGUUCCAUUUCAGUAUCUCCUGAUCUUAUUUUCAUCUCUGAAAUUCACUGUAUGGCCAAAGUCGCGAUGGGGUUUUGCACAGUGUAACAUACGUGCUGAAGCCCUACAGAAAUGGUUUGUAAACAGAAUGUGGGUUGGGAAUAUGUUCUUUCAUUUCCCUGUGCCUGCUCUGAUUGCUUUUGAGGAGCAAGCAUUGAGCUGUUAAGCACUAUUUUAACCCAUUCAUUUUCCUAGUAAGAAGAAGGGAAUUGCUGUACCACAACAGCGAAGCAAGAUGGUCAGUGGAGCCACAGGACCAAGAGAUAACAGAAGGCAAGCAGAUGCCCAUAUGUGCCAGCACGUCGCUGAGGAUUCUGGCCAGAGCUUGUACACCAAGGAAUCCACAUGCACAGAGACUUUAUCAGAAGCAUUGUUACUGUGCACAGCAUCGAGUUCAUGUGUCUCCCUUAGCUCCCCAAGUUGCAUCUGUAAGUUCUGAAUACCUCAGCAUAAGAGCUUUCCUCAUCUGACUCUCAUUGCCACGAUAACUGAGGUUUAUCUUGGCCUUACUGCUGAGCUGGUUUCUGAGCAAAUACUUGGCUUCAGUUUUUAAAGUUCUAGAGGCAUUCAGCAGCCAGGGGUUUGGUGAAGUUGGAUGCAGAGGCGCUGAAUUUCUAUGUGGAUGGGCACAGUGCAUUCCCAGUUUAUGGGGGGAAAGCAAACUAUGUGCUUUCCAAGAAACCCAGCACUCUGAUCCAUCAAGGUCUAACCUGCUUCCUCUGCUUGAUACCUUGAUUGGAAAGCAGCAUCCUAAAUGUGUCACAGAGGCUAUGAAUCAUUUCUAAGCUAAAGAUUCCCAUUCACCCACCACAUGUGGCACCAGAAGGUAAAUAGAUGAUGUACAGCAUUGUCCUUUUCACCAUUCAGACUACUUCAGUAACUCAUGGGAAAGAGCUUGGUGUGCUCACCUUUAGCAGAUGCACUCAUGAGAGAUUGACAAACUUGUUCGGGGGACUUGAGACAUGGGUAAGUUUAGGAUUGGUGGUGUUACCAAUUUCUCAACAAAACGUUGCAAGCUUGGUUAUGUACUAGGGGAAACAAAUCAAAUUAACCCAUUUUCCAUUGUUAACAGUGCAGGAAUUUUCUGAAACCUCCCAGAUGCUUCAGAUACCCCCUAGGAAUGUUUUACAGUGGCUGGCAACAGAGCUACUUCUUCCCUGCCACUUGCUUGUGAAACCAGGAGAUUGCACAGUUCCUUUUCCUCUGCCUGAAUGCUCAGCUGAGAGCAGCCCCCCCUCAGGAGCACCAAGCAUCCAGACAGAAAAAUGAUGCUGUUUCUGAAAACCUGACAAGUGCUGAGUAAGCUUUGUAAGAAGUCCUGAACUGAGGGAAUCUCUCUCAUUAUUCAGUUUAAAGCCAUUCCCCUUUGUCACUACAUGCCCUUGUACCAAGUCCCUGUCCAGUUUUCUUGUCGGCCCCUUUAGGUAUCGGGGGCUGUUAAGAAGGUCUCCCUGGAGCCGCCUUUUCUCCAGGCUGAACAAGUACAACUCUCUGAGCCUGUAAACCUCAUGGAAGCUGGAGCUGAUGUUUACUUUUAUCUGAGUUUGUAAACUCCCUGAGCAGAAUGUCCUAAGCAGAGAAGCCCUCCCUGCUCCCUCACAGCAUCUCAUUUUUCAUUUCCCUCCAGAAGACAGCCCUUGACUAAUGACAGCUCUUCUAGCGUUAAGCAUCCCUAAUGCAACAUUCCAGGGGUGUGAUGCUGGCUUCUGGAUUCCUUUUUCUACCCCCUCCCCCAAUUCUUUUCAUUACAUAAAGCUGGUAACUGCACAUUUGUCCUCUGUUGAUUACAGUCAGUUAAAAGAGUUCACAUCCAUCCCAGCUUGUUUCACUUUGCUGCUUCUCCUCCGCCAGCCCAACUUUCAGCUGCAGUAACAUGAUUCCACUUGGCAGAGGCUGAGAGAAUCUUUGGCACAUUGGAAAGAAGCUUAAUGUAAAGGCUACUCUCUUCUUUCUUAAUUUUUUUUAAAGCUUAUUGAAACUCCAGUGCUUCUGCACAGCUUUGACAGUCACUGCAGGGCUGCUCACAAACGCUCCAAAUGCAAGAGGAUUACCAAUGCAUUCUGUGAAGAGAAUGUCUUAGUAUCUGUCACAUCUCCCUCUAAGAAGCAUUCAGGAAAUACAUGGAUCAAGUAGAAGAGCUUUCUGCAAACAGAAGGAAGAGCUUCCUCUUGGUUGACAAGAAAAAGAGUAAUGGCUGUAGAACCAUGGUGGGAUUUUUAUGCAUAUUCCCAGUGGUGGCUUUGCUGGCUACUGUUGGAGAUCCAGCUGGAGCUGCACUUCAGGAAAGUCAGGAAGAUGCCAUAUCACCUGGGCUUCAUGGAGUGAGCGCCUCUGCUUCGUACAGUGCAGCUUUCCCUCCUCGGCCUCCAGCACGGAGAAAACGAUACACGAUCACCCCAGGACACUUGAAAUGGGACCACUUCAACUUGACAUAUAAAAUCCUGUCCUUCCCAAGAAACCUCAUAAACGCCAGGGACACACGCAGGGGACUGGCGGCUGCUUUCCGCAUGUGGAGUGAAGUUUCACCCUUCAGCUUCAGAGAAGUGCCACGCCACGUGGAGAGCGACUUGAAAAUAGGCUUCUACUCUAUCAACCACACGGACUGUCUGGAGUCUCUCAUUCACCACUGCUUUGAUGGCACAACGGGGGAGCUUGCCCAUGCCUUCUUCCCACCCAACGGGGAAAUCCACUUUGAUGAUCAUGAAUACUGGAUAUUGGGGAACACCCGCUUCAGCUGGAAAAAAGGUGUUUGGCUUACAGAUCUGGUGCAUGUAGCAGCACAUGAAAUAGGACAUGCCUUGGGUCUCAUGCACUCCCUGAACCCCAAUGCCCUCAUGCACAUCAACGCCACGCUGACUGGGAAAAAGUCCAUCUCUCAGGAUGAAGUUUGGGGAAUUCACAGGCUUUACGGAUGUAAAGACAGAUUAUUUAUGUGCCCAUCGUGGGCACAAAAAGGAUUCUGUGAGAAGCGCAGGAAGCUGAUGAAAAAGCACUGUCCAUCUACUUGUGACUUCUGCUAUGAAUUCCCAUUUCCAACAGUCCCCCCAACUCUGCCCCCACCAAGGACAAAAACCAAGACUGUUUCUGAAGGCAGGAACGUCACUUUCCGCUGUGGACAGAAGAUCAUUCAUAAGAAAGGCAAAGUUUACUGGUAUAAAGAUAAGGAGCUUCUGGAAUACUCAUAUCCAGGUUACUUAUCCUUAAAUGAAGAUCACAUGAGCAUCAUUGCAAAUGCAAUUAAUGAAGGAACUUACACUUGUAUAGUAAAGAAAAAAGAAAGAAUCUUGACUACUUAUUCCUGGAGGAUCAGACUGAAGCAUUAACAGAGGCCUGAGAGCUUCCCUUCUGCUUGUUCUGUUUCAAAUUCAGAGCGUUCCUUUGGCAUUUUAUAUUUAAUCUCCAGUUGUGCAAUUGAAAUUCUACAUCAGCUGCUUCCACACCUUGGGCAAAAGGGACUCAGACUUGAUCACUGGAAUGUAAAACUUUUCCAAAUUACUUUUCAUGAUAAAGGAUUUAUCAAGUAUGUGCUGUACAGAGAAUUAAAAGAGUUGGUUUUUAUGAAGUGUCAGGUUUUGCAGUUGAAGUGUGGAACUCCACAGACUGCUGGAAAACAGGAAUGUCACUUCAUCAAAGGAACGGAUGGAUGGAUUGCUAGCCCAGCUGCUGCAAUGGAGGCAGAGGUAUUGUGGAAGGAAAACAACCAGUUACACUCUCUAAGUGUUUUGCUGACCUUUGUUUUUUAGAUCCUGGUACAUGACAAUAGCAGAACUUGGGAAAAGUAUAAGAUCCAAUAUUACCUUUUCUUUUAUUUGUCACCAAACCCUUUCUAAUGAUGCCAUUCCACAUAUUGACAUGCUUAGUUCCAGUAUCCACAGAACACCUUUCCUGUCCUCCACCCGCUUUCCUGUGGUUUGUAUUUAUUACUCAUGUAAUCUCAUCCCUGAGGCUGUUUACCUCUGUCAGCAGCUCCAACAUAUCCUUCAGGUGUCUGAUCAAUAAGCCUCUUGCCACUUUCAACAGAGAUGUGGUAAUUUCCAUAAGUAAUUUCCAUCACUAUCCUCCCCCAGUCACCAAACCAUGGACUAAAUGUGCCACAUCCAACAGGAAAAUCUUGUUAGUAUUGGCUGGCAACACCCAGUGCACUCCAAUGUCCACAGUGGUGGAGCAUUCCCUCACAGUAAGGAAUCCCUGACAGUCAUGACAUUUAGCAGGAUUAAAGCACCUGCAUUGCUCUUUCCUUAGGUUCAGCCUUUUCCCUGACUGCAGCAAUGCCAAGGAAGCUGGGAAGGAAAUAAAUAACCUGACAGAGUGCAAGAAAGAUGCACAGCCUGAAACACAAAAUAUACACACUCUUAGCACAGCCAUGGGUUCUCUUUUCCUGUACUCUGGGCGAUGUUGUAAUAACACCCUGCUUCAUAGUAGGUGUUACUGAUCUCCACCUAGGAGGAAACCUUGCUAAAAUCAUGCACAUUUCAGUUAACAGACCAGUAAUAAACUGGUUUUCCUUCCAUACCAGACAACCAGUUGGGCCUAAAGAAAAAACAGUUCUGCAUUCCUCCACAGAAAAACCCCAAACCAAACAAACCCAACUAGUUCCAAAAUUUACCACAGUUUUAGUACAUCCAAAUUCCAGUUCCGAGGCCUUUACCCAGGAAAAACCUCUUAAAUUAUAAACAUUCUAUCAGUUUCAGUACAUUUUAAGUUAAUCCUUUUAUUGGACUGGUGCCUAGCUCUGACUGCACAAAUACCUCAGUAUUUUCCAAAUCUUCCUGUUCCCAGAAAAGACCAGCAGCAUUGUAAAUCAGAGACUCAAAAGGAUGUGAUACUCCACCGUGAUUCCUCAGGAGAAAGGACUGGAAUAUGGCAUUAUACAGUCAGGAAAGCUGAGCUCUUCUUUCUAUGAAAAAGGGGUGUAUUUAAAAGAACUUCCUAUAGAAAAUAAAGUUUCAAAGUCUCCAUAUUAAAUCUUUUUGAUUUACAAACCAAUAGCAUAUUCCUUUUGCACCAGCACCACUGUAAAUACAUAGAUACAGCACAACAAACCACAGUCAGCUCAGCAGAGCACCCAAAAAUACGGCCAGGGAGGAGUAUCAAAAGCCUAACAGGAAAGAGACCUCAGGACUGGAAUGGAGUUUUUGUCCUGAACUAUAUUCAGACACCUCCAAUUUACUAACACCAAACA